AUGCCAUUGCCUCCCCAUGCUUGUUUCACACCAGAGAGCACCGACAUUCUUGGGAUUGGAACCCGUAUACACCUAUAUGCACAAUGCUUUCUUAUUGUCCUCAUCUCCGUCAUCGUGCGUGCACGCAAAGGCUCGCCUACCCUCGUUUGGUCCCUCUGGCGUCUCCAGUCCUACACCCUCUGCGCGUUCGCCAUCGCCGGCAUCUACGAGCGAGUUCAAGGCCAGCUAAGUGUGUUUCACGCAGCUGCCGCUUACCACAUUGGAACCUUAUUCAUCUGGAGCGCGAUGGUCGGUUGGAAGAUUCAAAAACCAGGCGAUGAAAUUUAUUACACGCCACUUGAGCGUAGACAAACCACUUAUCGCCGCAUCUCCCGGUUCUUGACGAAACACAUGAUCCUCUUGGGAUGUGGCGUCAUCAACAUCGUUGUGGGCAUUCUCGUAAUCCUCGAUUCACGCUGCGGUGAAGCAACCCAGACCAUCGUCGUUUGGAAGUUCCUGUUUGGAUUCACGGCGAUCAUCAACGUGGACCCCGUCUCGAGGAGCGCCCUGUUUGUCAUCUGCUUCGUCGUCGUUCCCAUUGUGCUGUUCAUGAUCAUUCCAUUUCUGCUUAAUGCCGCAAUAGCAUGUUUCCGUCCAAUGCCCUCAAUCUACAACGUGGUUUUGUAUCCUUCUAUCUACAUCCUCUUCUGGGUGGAAGAGAUCAUCGCUAUUGAGCAGUCUAUCAAGGCUAAUCCGGAGUUGGAUCACCAGGCAGAGAAUAGAUGGAACUUUGGACAGAUCAUCACGCUAGUUCUUCUAAUGCCAUAUGUGGAGAGAAUUCUUGAACAGAUUGGCGAUAUGCUCUUGCGAUAUCGUUUCAUCGCGGAAUGGUAUGAACGGGUUCAGGGUCAGAGUCACGUGCACGGAUUGCACACUCAUGCAGAACAUCAUUUCCCUCAAGAACCUGACGAGAGUGUUAGGAUGGAUCUGCUUGGUAAUGUCGUGAGACGUUAA